UAAAUUGAUAUAAUAAGUUUUUAAAUUAUAUUUAAAUUAUUUUAAAAAGUUUUAAUAGAUGAUUUUAAAAUAGUUCUGGCAACACGUAUUAUAAACGUCAGCCGCCAGCCUCGAAUAAGAACGCAUGUGAUCUGGUUUUAGAAGUAUAAAUUUCAUCUUUUACGUAAGAAAAAUAUUUUAUUGAAAUGAAAAUCAAAUAAAACUUAAUAAAAUGGCAAAAAAGAAAAAUGUUGAUUUUCAGAAAGUUAAAUUUAAAGUUGGACGUUCAUUGAAAAAAAAUACUAAUGUUACAGACACUAGUUUCAAAACUAAAAAAAUAUUUAUAAAAGAAACAGAAAAGCCAAAGACAGAACUUGCCACACAUCAUAAAUUAAAUGUGACGGAAUUAUUGAUUCGUCUAAGACAUCACAAUUCUUCUGUUCGAAUUGAAGCUUUUACAGGAUUAAAAGAAUUGCUUUCUGAUUACCCUGAAAUUAUAAUUGCUUCACUUUCUGUCCUAGUUGAAAAAAUAACUGAAACAAUUGUUGAUAAAGAUGAUGUUAUGAGAAAAUUGACAUUAAAAACAUUAGAAGUAAUAUUUAAACAUUGUACUCCUGAUCGUAUUGCUCCUUUUUUUAGCACUUUAAAAUCAUAUUUAAAUUGUACGGCUACACACAUUAUUAGUAGUAUUCAAGAUGAUUCUCUAAAUUUUCUUGAUUUACUACUGAAAUAUUUUCCAUCUUUAACAACACGAACUUGUAGUAAAGUAUUAGAAAAUAUUAUUGAAAUUUCAAUGAAAAAUAUAUCUAAAGCAAUGACAAAAAGAAAGAUUGCAAUAUUGUUGAAGUUAGAAGCCUUUUUAGAAGCUACUCUGACAAGUGAAAAUGAUUCAAUCAGUGAAAGAAACUUUUUACACUCCAAUAAAUCAAUAGAAAGUAAUUGUAAUCCAUUUUAUAGGAAUGGUGGUUUGAAUUCACCUAUCAAAGAUCAAUUUAAUAUUCAUCCAAAUUUAACAGUUUUUCCUGAGACUGAGAGUAUUAUUGGAAAUCAAGUGUAUGGCAUUAAUUUUUUGACUAUAGUUAAAAAUUUUUUAUUAGAAUUUUUGAAUGAUUGCAAGUCAUCAUCACUACNUCUCUCUUCUUCAGGAUUUUUCGAAUUAUUGAUUCGUCUAAGACAUCACAAUUCUUCUGUUCGAAUUGAAGCUUUUACAGGAUUAAAAGAAUUGCUUUCUGAUUACCCUGAAAUUAUAAUUGCUUCACUUUCUGUCCUAGUUGAAAAAAUAACUGAAACAAUUGUUGAUAAAGAUGAUGUUAUGAGAAAAUUGACAUUAAAAACAUUAGAAGUAAUAUUUAAACAUUGUACUCCUGAUCGUAUUGCUCCUUUUUUUAGCACUUUAAAAUCAUAUUUAAAUUGUACGGCUACACACAUUAUUAGUAGUAUUCAAGAUGAUUCUCUAAAUUUUCUUGAUUUACUACUGAAAUAUUUUCCAUCUUUAACAACACGAACUUGUAGUAAAGUAUUAGAAAAUAUUAUUGAAAUUUCAAUGAAAAAUAUAUCUAAAGCAAUGACAAAAAGAAAGAUUGCAAUAUUGUUGAAGUUAGAAGCCUUUUUAGAAGCUACUCUGACAGGUGAAAAUGAUUCAAUCAGUGAAAGAAACUUUUUACACUCCAAUAAAUCAAUAGAAAGUAAUUGUAAUCCAUUUUAUAGGAAUGGUGGUUUGAAUUCACCUAUCAAAGAUCAAUUUAAUAUUCAUCCAAAUUUAACAGUUUUUCCUGAGACUGAGAGUAUUAUUGGAAAUCAAGUGUAUGGCAUUAAUUUUUUGACUAUAGUUAAAAAUUUUUUAUUAGAAUUUUUGAAUGAUUGCAAGUCAUCAUCACUACUACUUUCACCAGAUAAACAAAAUAAGGUCAUCACUCUUCAAGUUAUGCAAAGUGUCUUAAAUGUACUAAUUUUACUUCAGACUUGUGCAAAUUGUAGUGAUACAAAGAAUGGAACUAAAAAAAUGAUAAAAUCAUAUAACAAGUUAUUUCAAAGCAAUGACUUAAUGAAAUUCAUCUCUCUUUUUCCAUUUAAUAUGAGAAAUGAAUUAUCAGAUAUAACAAAAGAUAAAGAGAAUCAAUAUGUUUAUUUUAAUCUUUGUGUCUGUGAUGCAUUUAUUGGAAUUUAUCCUGAAAUAACAACACAAACAAAGAAAUAUUAUGAAAAUGUUACAAAAUAUAUAAUUAAAUCACUAACGAACAAUGAAAUUUCUGGAAAAAAAUUAACUUUGAAGACAAUGGUGGUGGUAAAAAAUUUAAAUAACAGCAAUAUUGAUAAAGAACUUUUAGAAGAAUUGUUGCUUAUGCUUUAUAAUACUUAUACACAAUGGAAAUUAGGAAGAAAGGAUCGAGAAGAGAUUAUGAAAUACUUUGUAGAAUUAUCUGUUCAAACUAAUUCUUAUUUUACCAACUCUAUGAUAUUUCAAAACUGGAUGAAAUCAAUAUUGAAAGAAUUUUGUGAUACAGUACAUGAAAAUCUUUCAAUGUCAACAAUUCACUGUAUGUCAAAAACUGCAAAUACUUUAGCACUUCGAGGUUUACCAUUAUUUCUUGAAGAACUUCAAAAGUCUUACAAUUCAGUAUUAGGUUUGUCAUUAUUAUUUCUUUUAACUUUAGAUAUUUUUAAUAUAUUAAUAUUAAAUAUAAUAAUAAUUAAUUAGAUACUUUUUAAUAUAUUCACAUUGGAAGCUGAUUCUGCACUUCUUCCCUCAACCACAGUAGUAUUUAAAAAAUUUUCAUGCUUACUAGGGUUUAUAGGUCAAUAUAACAAAAUGUUUCAUUUCAGUAUAUCCAUCAGUGAUAUAUGAUGGUUACCUAUUUAGUUUUAGUCAUAGUUUAUCACUGGUGGACAAAUCAUAAAUCAUUUAUUGUAAUAUCUUUUGUACUGCAGAUAUAUUUAUGCUUUGAUAAUGAGAUAAAUUAAAUUUAAACUUUUGUAGUUUUAUAGAUACAAAACAAAAGUUAUUUAACA